UUCUUUUCUCUGGUUCUCUCUGCUAAUAACGCUUUGUUUCGCCAAGGCCGAAGGAAGAAAGCACAAGCACACACUUCUUGGUUCUGGCUUAAACAGUUUAAAAGCUAUGGCUUCUUCCACGAGUAAUUGGGCCAAAGCCCAUAUUUUUCAACCUCUUUUCCACUCCUCAACGGUGCAUUUCGACUGCUCUUCAACAUCCAUCUCCUUGAAGAGACGGCAGCCCAACAGAACCAACGUCGUUCACUCCGCUUUGCACCCUCCUUCAGUUCUCCACUUCCCCAAACAAACAUACCAAAACCCCAUAAUCCCCGUAGACGACAAUUCUGUAAAUGUAGAAGCAAAACCUAAAACCCACCGCCACCAACAGUGGAAUCUCCUCCAAAAAGCAGCGGCCAUGGCCCUUGACAUGGUUGAAACCCUCUUGGUCUCACUCGAGCAUCAACACCCACUCCCUAAAACAGCUGACCCACAUGUGCAAAUCUCCGGGAACUUCGCUCCCGUCCCUCAACAACCCGUCAAGCAAUCCCUUCCUAUCACUGGCACCAUCCCUUCUUGCAUCAACGGCGUUUAUCUCCGCAAUGGAGCAAACCCUUUAUUCGAGCCCGUUGCCGGCCACCACUUUUUCGACGGUGACGGCAUGGUACACGCCGUCACCAUUGAUAAUGGAAACGCCAGCUAUGCCUGUCGUUUCACCGAGACACAAAGAUAUUUACAAGAGAAAGAAUUGGGUCGCCCUGUGUUCCCUAAAGCAAUUGGUGAAUUACAUGGCCACUCAGGGGUUGCCAGGCUCUUACUUUUCUACGCGAGAGGUCUUUUCGGCAUCGUCGAUCAUAAACAUGGCACUGGAGUAGCUAAUGCUGGCUUAGUCUAUUUCAACAAUCGACUUCUAGCCAUGUCCGAGGACGAUCUUCCUUACCACGUGCAAAUCACUUCCUCCGGUGAUUUGGAAACAGUUGGAAGAUACGAUUUUGAUGAUCAACUCAAAUCUACAAUGAUUGCGCACCCCAAAAUCGAUCCUUUGUCCAAGGAGCUCUUUGCUUUGAGUUACGAUGUUGUCCAAAAGCCUUACUUGAAGUACUUCAGGUUUCACCCUGAUGGCAAUAAAUCACCAGAUGUGGAGAUCCCUUUAUCAGUGCCGACCAUGAUGCAUGAUUUCGCCAUCACUGAGAAUUUCGUGGUGAUCCCUGAUCAGCAAGUGGUGUUCAAGCUACAAGAGAUGAUUACCGGUGGGUCGCCAGUGAUUUACGACAAGAACAAGAAGUCUUCCUUCGGGAUUCUUCCUAAAAAUGCAAGCGAUUCCAAGGAUAUUGUAUGGGUUGAAUCCCCUGACACUUUCUGUUUCCAUCUAUGGAACGCUUGGGAAGAGCCGGAAUCCGAUGAAGUCGUGGUGAUUGGUUCUUGCAUGACACCUCCCGACUCCAUUUUCAACGAAUGUGAGGAGAGUUUGAAAAGUGUUCUGUCCGAAAUUAGGCUUAACUUGAAGACAGGUAAGUCCACGCGCCGCCCAUUAAUCACGGAAUCAGAGCAAGUGAACUUGGAAGCUGGGAUGGUGAACAGGAACCGGCUUGGAAGAAAGACACGGUACGCUUACCUUGCCAUCGCUGAACCAUGGCCAAAAGUGUCGGGAUUCGCCAAGGUUGAUCUUUUUACUGGAGAGGUAAUAAAACACAUAUACGGCGAUGGAAGAUAUGGUGGGGAACCGUUUUUCUUGCCUCGAGACGACAGUUGUGAAUCAGCUGAAGAUGAUGGUUAUAUUCUUUCCUUUGUUCACGACGAGAAGAAAUGGAAAUCGGAGCUCCAAAUCGUGAACGCCAUGAAUUUACAGCUGGAAGCUUCAGUUAAAUUACCAUCCAGGGUUCCAUACGGGUUUCAUGGCACGUUUAUAGACGCCAAGGACUUGGCAAAUCAAGCUUAGUUAGACGUAAAUUAAGAUUAAAAGAAAGAAGCAAAAGCUUUACUGCGCAGGGAGAUUUUUACAAAAGACACCCUGAUUCUCAUGGAGAAAUUAACUUUUUGGUUGGAUAAUAGAGUUUUUUUUUUACCCUA